AGAGGUGGGGAAAGAGAAAGAAAGACUGAGACAUACGGACCAACUUGAAAGGACGUACAAAGAGUCAAAAAAAGCAUAUCACGGAUUUGGAUAAAGAAGAAUGUCCCUGGCUACCAGAGCAACCCUGGCCCGCAGGGCCUUUGCCUCGGCAGCCGCAGGGGGGCAUGGAAGCCAUGAGGGUGGAGCUAAGACUUGGAAGAUCCUUUCUUAUGUGGUUGCUCUGCCUGGAGUGGCAGUCUGCAUGGCGAAUGCCUGGAUGAAGAUGCAGCAUAGUCACGGAGCACCUGAGUUCACCCCAUACCCACAUCUCCGCAUCCGCACCAAGCCCUUCCCCUGGGGAGAUGGCAAUCACACGCUCUUCCAUAACCCCCACACGAAUGCCCUCCCCACCGGCUAUGAGGGACCCCACCACUGAGUUCAGCACCACCUUCUGUUAGUGUUGUGCACACACUGUAUACAGUAGCUGUUCCAAAGUGAGUGCUCUGAAACUUACUGGCUGA